GAUGCCUCAUUCACUUUCACGACGACUCCUUUGUUCGCAGAUGUGGCAAUUAAGGUUUUGGAUGUACCUUCUGCUCAUAGCGUUGUCGUUGGCGCCGGUGCAACGGGUCGCGGCUUGCAGUUGCAUGAGCAGCCAUCCUCAAAAACUGUUCUGCAAUUCAGACUUCGCAAAACAUCGUACACCAUCCUGAAGAAGAACAUUUUGUGGACCGCGUCGUCGGAAGUUUUGUGCGGGGUGGACCUCAAAGUGGGAGAGACCUACGUUGUUAGCGGAAGCACGUAUACCGGUGACAAGGCAAACAUAUCGUUGUGCGGUAUAAAGAUGGCUUGGCGUUCCGUGACGAGCAGACAACGAAAGGGUUUCAAGCACCUGUAUCGUUACGGUUGCCCGUGCAGCAUUCAUUACACGCCUUGGUGGACCAAGGGUGCCGUUCUGGAAAGCACAGACGGCAAAGAGUGCCUGUGGGAAAGCAAGCCGGGUCCUGAGGAGUGCCAGAGGAAUUACGGCGUCUGCAUGCCAGGACCUCUCGGAUGCUCUUGGGUGCCGUCGGUUCCUUAUAAGAACUGCAUCAAGGAGUAUCAGCAGAAACGCGAGCAACAAAGAGCGCGGGAACCU